AUGCUCCGUCCACCAGAUCCCAAUAACCUCAAUACCCAACCAACCGCUCCGCUCACUUCAACGGUCUCCGGACCUGAGCUUAUCAAUAAUAUCAUUUAUUUCAGUCAUGUGAACAAACGGACGACCUAUGAUCGACCGGGCACUUCGACGGCUCUUCCACCCCCAUCCAGACCCACGUCGUAUCCGAGCAACGGAAUGGCGUCUAGCCCCGGAUCGCGAUUGUCACGAAAAGAUCAAGCGAUGAUUUCAAUGAAUCCACUUUUCACGACGGAUCCCACGCAAUUGCGCGGGGAAAUGCUUCGAACGGUGAUCGCUAAGGGUCAAAAGGGUCUCGGCUUUACCCUUAUUGGAAACGACGCAAGCAGCAAAGGAGACGAGUUCAUUCAGGUGAAAUCGGUGCUAGCUGGCGGGCCAGCUGCAGCAAAUGGAGUAUUGAUGCCAGGUGAUGUGCUUGUACGAGUCAAUCAACAUCUACUUCUUGGAGCUACUCAGGCUGACGCUUGUCGCAUCUUUGUGAACAUCCCAGUUGGAGAGCAUGUUGAUUUGGAAGUUUGUCGUGGCUAUCCGCUGAUCAUUGACCCAGCCAAUCGAAUCAUCACUGAAAGUGUCUACGAAUCGUCACAACCUCGUGAUCGAGAGUUCUUUGAUAUCACGAUUAUGAAGGGCAAUGAGGGCUUUGGUUUCACUAUCGCCGACAACCCAAAUGGUCAACGCGUGCGCAAGAUCAUCUAUGCGGCUCAAUGCCCGAAUCUCCUUGAAGGGGAUAUCAUUUGUGAGCUCGACGGGAAAGAUGUUCGAGGGGCCCAGCACAAUCAAUUGGUUGAAAUGCUUAGAGAGCUUCCGAUUGGGCAUCGAGGACGGUUGACGGUGAGAAGAAUCAGCAACACAAAGAACAGAUCUCGUACCCCGGUUGCCGGUUUCCGUUAUGGAGGUGGUGGAAUGACGCCGACUCCGUCAACAGCUCCCCGAAGCAAAACCCCGGCUCCAGCAGCACCCCGAUCACAAGAACCGACCACUUACAGGGCAAACACUUUGACAAGGCACGGUAUCCCGCCUCCACUCGAUGCUUCAUCAAUGACUGGAAUGCGCUCUUCAUCGAGUGUUCACGGCUUCUCAACCACACCCAAUUACAUGCCCCUUUCUGCUUUACAGAUGGAUUCAUUCAAUCAUAUCACUGUCAAUUUAAUCCGCAAACCGCAAGGAUUCGGCUUUCGGUUACUCGGAGGGAAAGAGACGGGAACCCAGUUGACGGUUGGUCAAAUUGUGAGUGGUGGAGCAGCGGCCGAUGAUGGACGAUUGAAAGAAGGUGACGAGAUCAUGGAGAUUGACGGGGUUUCUGUUGAGGGUGCAGCACAUGGAGAAGCGGUUUCACUUUUAGAGAAAGCUGCCAGACAACAACACGUCAAGUUGCUCAUUCGACGACAUCAAAAUCACGGCAUUGAUAUGGCCCGUUCUGUCUCUCUUCCUCCAUCACUUAGCCCACAUCACACAAAUGCGAAUGUUGGUCAAGAAUAUGAUGUGGUUUUGCAAAGACAAGAAAGUGAUGGAUUUGGAUUUGUGAUCAUUUCGAAUGUGAAUCGACAAGGAUCGACAAUUGGCCAAUUGAUCGAGGGCACGCCGGCGGCUCGUUGUGGCCGCCUCCGAGUGGGCGAUCGAGUGUUGCGCGUGAAUGGAACGGAUAUCACCGGAUUGCCGCAUCAGGAUAUCGUCAAUUUGAUCAAAUCCUCUGGGUUGAGUGUUUGCUUGACGGUUUGCCCGGACACAUCGAUCACACCACAAGCGACGACGAUCGGCACCACGUUUGCGCCUACAUACUCGCAUCCGACACCCAUUUAUGGGGGAUAUGCUAGCAUGCAUCAGACACCAGCCUAUUCAACCCUUCCCACUUCAUCGAUGCACACGAGUGGCUAUAAAACGAACGGUUUUACUUCUUCUCAAUACGAAACCGUUCCCGACAAUGACGAAGAGCUAACAGUGGAAUUGGAAAGGGGAACACGGGGAUUCGGUUUUUCGAUUCGAGGAGGCUUCGAAUUUGAGCAAAUGCCACUUUUUAUCCUAAGAAUUGCUGAGGACGGUUCAGCAGCAGCGGAUGGUCGUUUAAGAGUUGGCGAUCAAUUGACAGCAAUCAACUCAGCAUCCACACAUGGAAUGACCCAUCAAGAAGCGAUAAAUCUCAUCAAAAUGCAUCCAACUGUUCGUCUUCGGAUUCGUCGCCGACAACUACCAUCG